AUGGGGCGAAACGGGGACGACGAAGACGCGGACGUGGGACCGUCCUCGACGAAUGCCCCGCUUCUGGGUAAGGGCCGAGAGGACAGCGCGGCGUACGGCACGGAGAGCGUGGACGAUGCGCGCUUCUACAUGGGUGUGGAGCUGUCGAGUCUGCUCAACACCGGCGACGAGGGGCUCACCGAGGACGAGGCGGCGCGACGAUUGGAGAUGUUCGGCCCGAAUGAGCUGAAAGUGAAGGAGGACAACAUGUGGCUCAAGCUGGCGCUCGAGUUUGUGCAACCGAUGCCGAUGAUGAUCUGGGCAGCCAUCGCUAUCGAAUCGAUUGAGACAUACAUCCACCAGUCCAUGGACGGCUUGGUGGACGUCAUAGUGCUCGUAGUUCUGCAGCUCUUGAACGUCUUGGUUGGAUUUAUAGAGGAGAUGAAGGCUGGGGACGCGAUCGCGGCACUCAGGGAGUCGCUCAAGCCGGAGGCGACUGUGAAGCGAGAGGGUCGGGUGUACGUUAUCAAUGCGACAAAACUAGUACCCGGAGACAUCGUCGUGUUGGGCGCCGGAGGAGCGAUCCCCGCCGAUUGCACGAUGAGAGAGGGUAAACCGAUCCAGGUGGAUCAAUCUGCAUUGACGGGUGAAUCACUGCCAGUGGCAAUGUUCACGGGAGCAGAAGCAAAGAUGGGUUCCACCGUGACACGAGGGGAAAUAGAAGCCACCGUCACGGCCACGGGUAGCCACACCUUUUUUGGUAAAACUGCCGAUCUAGUUCAAGGCGUGGAUGAGCUCGGACACUUCGAGAAAGUUCUGAGAGAGAUCACGUACAUUUUGGUAGCCGUCGGUUUCCUCAUUUGUUCCAUCGUGUUCAUUUAUUUGUUGUCUAUUCGUGUUGAUUUCUGGGAAGUUUUGGCGUUCAACGUCGUCUUGUUGGUUGCAUCUAUUCCCAUUGCGUUGCGUGUCGUAUGCACGACGACGCUGGCAUUGGGCUGUCACGAACUUGCGGCUGAAAAGGCCAUUGUUGCGCGACUGUCUUCUGUGGAGGAGUUGGCUGGCAUGACCAUUUUGUGCUCGGACAAGACAGGAACGCUGACUUUGAACAAGAUGGUACUCCAAAAAGACUUGCCAACGUUUGUUCAAGACAUCACUCGCGAAGAGGUGCUCAAGUGCGCCGCGCUGGCGGCGAAGUGGUGGGAGCCACCGAAGGACGCACUGGACACGUUGGUAUUGAACGCUGUCAACGUCAGCUCCCUUAACGACUACGAACUCGUGGAUCACUUGCCUUUUGAUCCAUCUAUCAAAAGGACGGAAAGUACCAUCAAGGAUAAGCGCGGGAACGUCUUCAAAGUCACAAAGGGCGCCCCGCACGUCGUGUUGGAGUUGAGUUCAAACAAGGGAACGAUCGGCAAGGAAGUUGAGAAGGUGGUCCUCGAGCUCGCUCAUCGCGGCAUUCGCUCUCUUGCAGUGGCGCGAACGAAGGGGAGCAGCGAUGAGUUCGAAUUUCUGGGGAUCCUGACGUUCUUAGAUCCUCCCCGACCGGACACGAAGCACACGAUUGACUGCGCCAGGGAUUUUGGAGUCAGCGUCAAAAUGAUCACGGGUGAUCAUCGCGCCAUUGCAGUGGAAACAUGCAGAACGUUGGGUAUGGGAACGAACGUACUCGGUACAGAAAAACUUCCACUUAUGAAGGCGGAAGAAUUAGAGAAGGCGACUACGUUGGGACGGGACUAUGGCGAGUUGUGCAGGAAGGCUGAUGGUUUCGCUCAAGUCUUCCCAGAGCACAAGUAUUUGAUUGUUGAAGCCCUUCGCCAACAGGGUAUGCUCGUUGGUAUGACUGGCGAUGGUGUGAACGACGCUCCCGCUCUGAAGCGUGCGGACGUCGGCAUCGCGGUGCAAGGUGCCACGAGCGCCGCGCAAGCUGCAGCGGACAUUGUGCUCACUGCUCCUGGUUUGUCGACUAUUGUGACGGCAAUCGUGACUAGCCGGAAAAUUUUCCAGAGAAUGAAAAAUUUCGUCAUCUAUCGGGUGGCGUGCACGGAGCAGCUCUUAUUUUUCUUCUUUAUCUCUUGCAUCUUCUACCAUCCGAGUCAGUACAACGCCGCUUGGCCUGCGCACUUUGCGAUCCCAGUGAUCGCGCUCGUCACGAUCACCAUCUUGAACGAUGGAACGAUCAUUUCCGUAGCGUACGACAAUGUUCACGCGUCUAUGAUGCCAGAGAAAUGGGACCUGAACAUUCUGUACAUUGUUUCAUCCGCUAUAGGCAUGACUGCGCUCGCAUCAUCGGUGCUCAUGCUGAGCUCCGCAUUGCAGUCUGGCGAUCCAGAAAGCACUUGGCGCCAACUGGGUCUUCCUGCAAUGUCUUACGGCGAAAUCCAGACGCUAAUUUACUUGAAAAUCAGUCUAUCUGAUUAUUUCUCUGUGUUCAACUCUCGAACGAAGGGUUGGUUCUGGUCUCGAGCGCCGAGCGCUAUCCUGGUUGGUGCUUUCAUCAUUGCCACUGGUGCGUCCACCCUCCUGGCGGUGUACUGGCCGUUUGGAAAUGGUAUGCAAGGGAUUUCUUGGGAACUAUCCGGAUAUUGCUGGCUGUACGUCAUCGCGUGGGCGUUCAUUCAAGACGCGGGUAAAGUACUGACGUACAUGUUGCUCCAGUGGCUCGGCUGGAUUGAGAAUGUUAAGGUGAUUGACGAGAAGAAGUUGAAAAAGUACACGGAGAGCCUUCUCGAUGUUGAGGUGGAGUAG